CUCCGCUCUCCUACAUGCUGCCUGGGGGGCAAGGUGGGACAGGGAGGCACAUCCCUGUCGUGGGUAUUCCUGAAGACGGUAGACUGAUAUGGUGAUACUGGCGGGCUAACGGAAGCCUGUCUGCUCUGUCUCAGGGGCCUUCUGCUGAUGACCUGGGACACAGUGGGAAGGAGAAAGUGUUGACCACAUCGCUGUAGAGGAAUGUGACUAAGCUGUGGGGAGUGGUGAAUCAGCUCAGUGUGACCAAGAGAACAGACUGAAGGACUUUUGCUGCCACACUUAACUGUGCCUUAUUCUCAGAAGGCCACGUUGCUGUCUCCAUGGACUUGCUACAGGACUCCAGUUGCACCAUGUGGGGUCUAAAUGCUCGUUUGAAGGGUUUUCUGCAGCAGGUGAACAGGCUGCAGGAGGCCAACCAGCGACUGGAGGCUCAGAUAGCUGACUGGGGCGUCAGGAGCACCUCACGCUCCCGGGACUGGUCCCAGCAGGAACAGACUGUCAAGGAGCUCCGUGUCCAGGUUGGUAACCUACUGAUGGAGAAUGCCCAGCUGGCAUUACAGUCUGACAACAUGAAGUCCAGAGCUGCUGUCAUCCAGGCCAGGUGUGAGACUGAGGAGAACAACACCAGGCGUCUGGAGCAACAGGUGGCUUUGCUCAGAGAGUCCAAGAGGGACGCAGAUCAGAGCAGCAUGAAGCUGCAGGCAGACCUUCGCCACUCCAUGACAGAUCUGCAAGCAAUGCACCAGGAGUUUGAGGCAGCCCGGGCUCUGCAGCUGCAGCGGGCCGGCUCCUGCGAUGUUCUGUUAGCAACGGCCACAGCAGCAGGAGGAGAGGAGGAGGAGGAUGGCACAGGGAUGGAGCUCACCCAGCUCCUCGACCGAAUCAGAGCGCAGUGCGACCAGGGCAGACUUCCCGGCCUGGGGGCCGUGUCACAUCCACUCUCCGGCUUGGUCGGGCCCAGUCGAUCUGGAGCAGCAGCAGCAGCAUCCAGAACACACGGAGGAGUUCUCAGUGAGGAAGAGGCAGCAUGGACGCAGGUGAGCCUCGGUGGUGCUGCCCUGAGGGAGGCCCGGGCCGAGCUUGCGGAGGCCAGGAGGCAGUGGCACUCCCUGCAGGUGGAGAUCGAGACUCUACAUGGCUUGGAAAAAGGCCUGGAGAGCUCCCUGCAGAACACCCAGCGGCUGUACUCCAGCCAGCUGCAGGACCUUUCUCAGGUCAUCUCUGGACUGGAAAGUGAGCUGGAGCAGGUGAGGGGUGGGCUGGCAACACAGCGCCAGCGCCACAGCCAGCUCCUCAACACCAAGAUGAGGCUGGAGCGAGAGAUCACCACUUACCGACGCCUGCUGGAGCGUGAAGAGGGCAGGUACAUGGGCCGUAAUGGGCAGCCAAUGGGUCUGCGGCCCUGGAGGUCUUUUGUUGAGGAACCGAAGGAGAACGGGCUGGAGAACGGCUUCAGUGACCCCGCUGUUACUCCAGACGAACCCAAGUCAGAGCCCCUGCCUGAUAUACCGUCACUCUUUCCAGCAGACAGUGGGUUAACGAAAAGCAUACUGCAUAGACAGCAAAGCCUUGUGAUACUCACAGAGCCAGAGCAAGAUAAAGACUUGCCAAUCUCCACUGUGAAGACUCAGGAGAUUCUUCAGGGCAACGUGGUGCGGGAGAGUGCGGAGGGUCAUGGCACCAUCGAGACAGAGAAGAUUGACAAGGUGAUAAAGCAGUGGGAGGGCUCCUUCUUCAGAGGGAACCCCAAGCUGCGGAAGAAGUCGGUGUCGCUGCGCUUCGACCUGCACAUGGCCGCAGCGGACGAGGGCUGUGCCCAGACCAAACAGGACAGCCUCCCCGACGUGGAGGUACGCCUGAUCAUGAAGAGAUCUCGCAGCAUCCCAACUAUCACACAGUAACUCAAACUGGUUCGCCAGAGUCAACACUGAUGAUGCUGAAGUGACAGAAAUAACAUCUGGGGUAUUGCCAGCCAUUGUCAUCAUGCUUAAUAUGUAUUUCAAAUCGCAGCAUUUAUUGAAGUUUGCAUCACAACUGAAACUGAGAUCUCUCUCAUCAAAUCUUGACUCUGGCAGGAAAAGCAUUACCCAUGAGGCUUUUGUGCUGAUCUAAUGGGGACAUUUUUACAGUGUCAGAAGACUACAUCAAAUAAAACAGACCUACAUUAAUUUCCUUACACACAUCAGUCUAGAUAAAGUAAAUGUUCUUAAUACUGGCAUUGUUUCAGUAUGAGGUCACAAGACUAAAGAGAUUAUAUCAACAAUAGACUACAGCAUUUAAUUCUAAUUAACACUUGGUACAAGAGGCUAAGUGCACAGAUAGAUUGAGAUAAAUGGUCUAUAAACCACUUUGAGCUGCUGUGAACUAUCUAAAGGUGGAUUUAUUUGUAUUAUUUCCUUAAGAGACUGUAAAGAAAUUAUUAGAGGGGAGGGGGCAGAAAAGAGGAAGAUUGUUUUUGUUUUGUUUUUUGUUAUAUGAUAUAAUCUCUCCAGUUAGCACUUAAUUUGUCACUGCCCAACAGCUGCUCCCACUUAUAUACAUAUAUAUAUAAUUUAUUUUUAAAGCACACAAUCUUCAAUUCUUUGUGCACCUAUGAAUUGUAACAAUUCAACAGAGCUAUAUUACUUAAAGAUUUUAUGGGAGCUGGUGGCAAUUUCCUCUUUGUCAAGAGGAGUCCAAUGAAAAUAUUAAUAAUGCUGGAGAGGUUUUUGCUUUUUAAACAGUGAAACAUCAUCCUUCCCACCCUAAUAGUUUCACUACAGUCCCUAAAUGCUUGCACUGCAAACACAUGCAGCACUUAGAAGAACAUCAGCACUGAGGGAUAUCCAGAUUGUGUGUACUGUGAGAGUCUUUUGUCAUUGCAGUUCAUUCUUAAUAGAAGAAAAAAAUCUUGCAACUCAAAAAGAUAAUGUAGCUACAUUAAACGAUGCAUUAUCGCCCAAAAAAAAAAAAAAGAAGCAAAACUGCUCACUGUGAUCUUAACGGCAGUGAGGCUCUUAAUACUCACCAUGUGUCUCAGAGAAUUUAGAUUCCCUGUCUUAACCAGAGGAGGGCAGUAUUUGUAAAUAGUUAACACUGCAGUGUAUCUUCAAUGCUCAACUCGGGUUGUGUAGCACAUGCUAUCUGUUACAAGAGUUUUUAUGCUGAAUUUUGAGUUGGCACCAAAGAUAUUCAAAGUAAGAAAAGGACAAUUGUGCAUUGCAUUUGGUUGGGUGCCUGACAAUAUAUUUAGAAUAUUUAAAAAUAUUAUCUAUGCAGUUCUGUGCUUGAUUUUGCUUUGCUUCAUGAAGCACACUUCAUUUUGGGAGCUAUGUAACUUCAGAAUGAAGCAUUAUGCUUUUAUCUAACGAUUUAUCAUUUAAAAUAAAAAAUGAUUAUGUGCAAACUA